AUGGAUGAGAUCAGGGCCGCCCCGGAUGUACGCCCCGGCCAUGGUGCCGAGUCAAUUGCCGUUGCGCCCCAGCAGCUCCCCCCAGACGUCCAAGACGACACCGCGAUAACCUCUCAGCUUUCCAACCCCCACGAUGCGUCCCUCGACUUUUGCGAAGAGACGGUCGAUCCGACAAGCAACUUUGCCUUUUCUCCGAACCAGCUUCACAAGCUUCUGACCACCAAGAGCCUUCCUGCCCUACGCGCUUUCGGAGGCCUCCCCGGCCUCGCAGCCGGCCUCCGCACCGAUAUAUCCUCUGGCCUGAGCAUCGACGAGACCAACCUUGAUGGGACGGUGGCAUUUGACGAAGCUGUUUCCGCUGGCCGCGAUGGACGCCCACCCGCCAUCAUCGAGGGGCCGCCGCCGCCGACACCUCCCACCCUCCUCGCCCAAGGUCUGCGACUCGGCGAGCCUCCCGAUAACCACUACAUCGACCGGAAACGAGUCUUUGGCGAGAACCUCGUCCCCCAGCGGAAGCAAAAGUCCUUCUUUCGGCUCAUGUGGAUUGCCUUCAACGACAAGCUCAUAAUUCUCUUGACCAUCUCUGCUACCAUCUCCCUCGCCAUCGGAAUUUACCAGACCGUGGAUCCCUCCGUGGAUUCUUCGCGCAUCGAGUGGGUUGAUGGCGUCACUAUCGUCGCUGCCAUCGCCGUUAUUGUGGUAGCGAGUGCUGCCACUGACUGGCAAAAGAACCAGAAGUUCAAAAAGCUCAAUGAGCGCAAGGAACAGAGGAAUGUGACGGUGAUCCGCUCCGGCAGAUACCAGACCAUUUCCGUCUACGAUGUGCUGGUUGGUGACAUAUUGCGUGUCGAGGCCGGUGAUGUUGUUGCUGUCGACGGUAUUCUUGUACAAUCGUCGUCGCUCCAGGUAGAUGAAUCUUCCAUAUCUGGCGAGUCUGCUCUUGUCCACAAGACUGUUCCAAGCGACAACGAUCCCUUCCAUACCGUCCAUGCCGACCCCUUCAUCCAUAGCGGCACAACCGUCUCUCGAGGAAACGGUCGCUACCUCGUCACGGCUGUUGGCCUCUACUCUUCAUACGGACGUGUCCUGGUGUCCCUGAGGAGCGAUGUGGAAGAGACACCACUACAGGCUAAGCUGGGACGACUUGGAAAGCAACUCAUCAUCAUCGGCAGCAUUGCUGGCUCUAUUUUCUUCCUCAUCCUCUUCAUCCGCUACAUGGUUAACUUGCGAAAUCUCAAAGUUGAGCCCUCUCAGAGGGUGGAAGAUUUUCUACAUGUGCUCAUAUUGUCCGUCACCGUCGUGGUCAUCACCGUCCCGGAAGGUCUGGCCCUCAACGUCACCAUUGCGUUGGCUUUUGCAACCAAGCGUAUGCUCAAGGAUAAUAAUCUCGUACGCCUUCUUAGGUCUUGUGAGAUCAUGGGAAAUGCCACAACUGUGUGCUCAGACAAGACGGGAACUCUGACGCAAAACAAGAUGACUGUCGUGACUGGUCGCAUCGGGCUCCGGUGCUACUUCGAUGACACGGAUUUAGCUGACACGGAUCUGGACGUGUCCAUGUCCAGGGCAUCCACCAUCAAGUGUGACACUUCUGCUCAGCUUGUGACUACGUUGUCGACAGAAUCAAAGACGUUGAUCAAGGCUAUUGUGGCACUGAACUCUACUGCCUUCGAAAGCGACGAUUCCGGGUCGUCCGAAUUCGUCGGUUCAAGUACCGAAACAGCGUUGUUGGAAUUCAGUCGUCAACAUCUGGGCAUGAACCCCCUGGUGGAGGAGAGGGCCAACUGCCCUGUCGUCACUAUGCUUCCAUUUGACUCCUCCCGCAAAUGGAUGGCCACUCUUAUUAAGCUUCCUAACGGCAUGUAUCGCUUACUGGUCAAGGGUGCCGCUGAGGUUGUCUUCGAGUACUGUGCCUUUAUCGUCUCCGACCCAACAUACAGAUUGCCACUGGCGCGUCUAUCUGAGGAUGACCGGGCGAGUUUCAACAACACUAUCCAGGACUAUGCUUCAAAAUUGCUACGGCCUGUGGCUAUGGCAUACCGAGAUUUUAACGCGUCCGAAGUAUUCGGGGACCCAGACGAUGACCCAGAGUCUCUCAACCUUGAAUGGCUAGCGUCCGGCAUGGUCUUCCUCGGCGUCUUUGGAAUCCGGGAUCCGCUACGCCCCGAGGUCGUGGAGUCGGUCCGACAGUGUCAGGCGGCGGGUGUCUUUGUUCGUAUGGUUACGGGGGACAAUUUCCUCACCGCCAAGGCUAUUGCUGCAGAAUGUGGUAUCUACACCGCCGGCGGCAUCGCCAUGGACGGGCCAACAUUCCGAGAUUUGACAUCAGAGCAGCUAGAUGCCGUCAUCCCUCGCCUGCAGGUUCUCGCCCGAUCGAGCCCCGAGGACAAACUACUCCUAGUGUCACAUUUAAAGGGCAUGAAUGAAACUGUAGCCGUUACCGGAGAUGGCACCAACGAUGCCCUGGCUCUCAAAGCCGCAGACGUUGGAUUUGCCAUGGGCAUCCAGGGCACAGAAGUGGCCAAAGAGGCAGCCUCCAUCAUCCUUCUAGACGAUAACUUUGCUUCCAUCGUAAAGGCGUUGGCCUGGGGUCGAACUGUCAACGAUGCGGUAAAGAAAUUCUGCCAGUUUCAAUUCACGAUCAACCUAACUGCCGGAAUUAUUACCGUCGUUUCAGAACUUGUUGGGGAUGCUAUAUUUACAGUCGUCCAACUGCUCUGGAUUAACUUGAUAAUGGAUAUUUUUGCGUCUCUUGGUUUAGCCACCGACAAUCCCUCACCCGACUUCCUGCUACGGAAACCCGAGCCUCGAAAUGCCCCGAUAGUUACCAUCACCAUGUGGAAGAUGAUUAUCGGGCAGGCACUCUACCAGCUUGCGGUAAUUUUCGUCGUCCAUUAUGCUGGCUGGGACUUGUUUAGCCCUGAUACCGAGUUCGAAGUUGAGAAACUCCAAACAUUCGUCUUCAACAUCUACGUGUGGAUGCAGUUCUUCAAUCAGCACAAUUGCCGGCGGGUUGACAACAAGCUGGACAUCUGGUAUCAGGGCGUGUUGAAAAACCCUUGGUUUAUCGGGGUGCAACUGAUUACUGUGGCUGGCCAAUUCACCAUCAUUUUUAACGGAGGCGAGGCGUUCGACACAAGACCCCUGACGGGCUCGCAGUGGGGGUGGAGUAUGCUCUUCGGAAUCCUGACGAUCCCACUGGGCGCGUUGAUCCGACAAGUCCCGGACAGCGUAGUGCAGUCGUUGUUUGACGCAUGUCGGAUAUCGUAUAACAAAGCUGUCAAGCCGUUCCGAGGAUGCUUUUCCUGCCUCAUUCCCAAGAGGUUCAAGAAGCGCGACGACGAACAGCCAGAUCAGGAAUUGGGCCGAGUAGAGAACAUCAUCCAAACACUGGGCUUGGGUUCAGAGUCAGUGGAUCAGGAUGUGACUACAACAGCGGAUCAGAGAGCAGCGUUGGAGAGUUCGGCGAGAUUGAGGAGACAGGAAACGGAGAGAUACACCAGGGAGAUCGACCUGAAGGGACUUAUCGAAGCAGCCAAGUUGGGCCGGGAGUAUGAUGGUGCUACUCUGGAGCUUCACCCGCGAACAUUGAAGGAUGAUCCAAUUCUGAGGGCGAAGAGCGACAGCACGGUGCCUCCAAGCCAAGACGCUGCAUUUAUGAGGUUCGUCGCCGUGAAUCGCAAAAGAAACCGGAGACAGGUGCGAAACCCGACGAGCCAGGUUUCUCAGAACGCACGACAGUCUCAGGCACAGGCUCCGACAAAGAGGUCAAGCGGUUUCAAAUGGGAAUCGCUGCUGAGGUCGAAGAGAAGGUGA